GACGUUGGGGACGAUUAUCAGUGAACCGAACUCAUAAGGCAUUCUGGCGUUAGCUGCCCCUCGGAGCCUGGCCACGAAUAAAGUAGGCGGUCAAAAUUUUACAGAGCUCUGGCGGGGCGGCAGAAAGAGUGGCCCGCUAAAAGUUUCAAUCCUUCCAGUCCUUCCCAUCGUUUGGCACAGGGCCUCGUGCGUUAUUGCAUUCGAUAGAACCCCCCGUACACUGGGAAUAUACCAACGGCAACAAACCAGGCAACAAUUGAAGCCGGAAAGUGCACCAGGAUAAUUGCCACCUCCCCGCGUUCAACAUGGUUGGAAAGGCCAGUUCGAAGCGCAAGGCUUCUGUGGUAGAGGCAGAUGCCGCCCUUCACUCCGACGACGAAUUCGGCGAUGGACUCCUCGAAGGCGUUCUUGACGACGACUCGGAUGAGAGCAGCGAUGGCGGCGAAGAAGACGAAGACGAAGACGAGGACGAGGACGAGGACGAUGCGCUCGAAAGUGACGACAUACCAUCAGAUGAGGAGGAACAAGUCGACAAAGCCACCGUCGUAACUGGAAGCGGGCUUGAAGAGGACCAGGGUCCCAACUACAGAGUGGAACAGGACGCUCUGGGUGGCACACGAUUUGUCUAUGACGAGGUCGAUGUUGGAUAUGACUCUGAUGAUACCGAUGCCCAAGAAGGCGAAAACACAAUUGGCAACAUUGACUUGAGCUUCUACGAUUCCUAUCCCCAUAUUGGAUAUAAUAUUGAUGGAAAAAGAAUCAUGCGUCCAGCCGCCGGAGAUGCUUUGGAUCAACUCCUUGAUACGAUCGAGGUUCCCAAGGGCUGGACUGGCUUGACAGAUCCUCAGACGGGCAAGCCACUGUCAUUGAGCCAAGACGAGUUGGAGUUGCUACGUCGGGUACAGCAAAAUGUAGUCCCAGGAGACUACGACCCUUAUCCUGACACCGUCGAAUGGUUCACCAGUUUCGAAGAACAAAUGCCACUUAGCGCUGCCAACGAGCCCAAGCGUCGUUUCCUUCCCUCCAAGCAUGAACAGAAGCGCAUCAUGAAAAUAGUCAAGGCUAUUAAAGAAGGCCGCAUUCUCCCAUACAAGUCGCCCGAGGAGAGAGCACGCGAGGAAGAAGAAGAGGACGAGCCUCUAUUUGAUAUGUGGCAAGAUGAAGUGCCUUAUGAUCCUCAUGUCAUGCACAUACCUCCGCCCAAGAUACAACCCCCCGGUUAUGAUUUGUCUUAUAACCCACCUCCAGAGUAUUUACCAACGGCUGAGGAGAAGAAGGCCUGGGAAGAAACAGAACCCGAAGAGAGAGAAAAGAAUUACUUGCCUCAAGGGUAUAGCUCGCUUAGGGUCGUGCCCGCAUACUCUGAGUUUGUGAAAGAGCGUUUUGAGCGCUGCCUCGACCUCUAUCUUGCUCCCCGAGUUCGAAAGAACAGGCUCAAUAUUGAUCCUAUGAGCUUGCUCCCCAAAUUACCAAAGCCAGAGGAGCUGAAACCGUUCCCUACGGUGACUUCAGUCGAAUACACGGGGCACCAGGGGCGAGUUCGCUCAGUAUCGAUCGAUCCCAGCGGUUGCUUCCUUGCCAGCGGUGGAGAUGAUGGUACAGUGAGAGUUUGGGAGCUUGAGACCGGUCACCAGCUCGACAGCAUAAAACUUAGCAGCGACGAACCGGUCGACGCUGUCCGCUGGCGUCCUGGACGUGACGCGUUCAUUCUGUCAGCCGCUGCAGCUGAGGAUAUUUUCAUAAUUGUACCCCAACAUGCAAGCCCUGAGCUCAACGAAGCAAGCCGAGAUAUCCUCAAUGCUGGAUUUGGUUUCGCUACAUUCAAUGGUAAGCAACCAACGACGGCCAACGGAGCUAAGAAAGAGCCAUCCGGUAAAUGGGCAAGACCUGGCGGGAAACUCGAGGAGCAAGGCGUCCUUCUCAAGAUCACUGUGCGAUCUCCUGUGAAGACCAUCAGCUGGCACAGAAGAGGCGACUUCUUCACCACUGUUUCUCCUUCCGGCCAGCGAUCUGCAGUAGCGAUACAUACGCUCAGCAAACAUUUGACACAAAUCCCCUUCCGUAAACUCGCUGGACUUCCCCAAACUGCAGCCUUCCACCCCACUGGGCCGCUCUUCUUUGUGGCAACGCAACGCACAAUCAGGUGUUACGAUCUGCAGAGACAAGAAUUGGUCAAAGCUAUCCAGCCAGGUGCCAAAUGGAUAUCUUCCUUCGAUGUGCAUCCUGGCGGUGAUAACUUGGUCGUUGGUUCGUAUGAUAGGCGCCUUCUCUGGCAUGACCUUGAGCUGUCAAAUCGACCAUACAAAGCGAUGCGCUUCCAUCCCGAAGCAAUCAGAGCUGUCAAGUUCCACCGCACGUAUCCUCUGUUUGCGGAUGCCUCGGAUGAUGGAACUCUUCAGAUUUUCCACGGAAAGGUUGUAAAUGAUAUGAUGGCGGAUCCAACCAUUGUCCCAUUGAAAUCGCUGAAAGGUCACAAGGUCGUAGCAAAAUUAGGAGUUCUCGAUCUUGACUGGCACCCGACACACCCCUGGUGUGUGUCAGCUGGAGCGGAUAGUACAAUACGCUUAUGGACUUAAAACUCGGCAUAAGCGAUGUAGCCACUACAUAUGAGGUCAUUUAGCUGGAAAGAAGUCGUAGACCUUUACGGAGUUACUGGAUGGCGUUCUAGAGAAUAAGAAGCCCUCGAGCUUUUCGUACUUUUUUGAUAUACACUUCUGUCUA